AUGGGUAAGGCAGCUCAUCCCAACCACAAAGAUCACUGUGUCGUUUAUUAUUAUCGAAACCAAGAGGCUCUACAAAGAAAGGCCUGGGAAAGAGCUCAACGUUUGAGGGAGUACCGGCGACAAAAUGAGACACCAGAAGAAGCAGAUGCCAGGAAGGCGAGACAUAGAGCUGCAGCGGCCAAGUACCGAGGGACCCACCAGGCCCAAAUAAAUUUUCGGGUGUGGCAGCGAGAUCCUAAAAAUGCCGAGAAGCUGCGUGUUUCGGCAAAGGAACUCGCCCCAAUACUGGCUGCCAUGGAUGGAGCUAGCGAAAGCCUUGAAUCUGGAAACUCAGCCGAUACACGCCCCCAUCCUCAACUUAUAACAUGUUUCAACGUGUCCAGACGUUCCGUUAAUCUGGGAAUCCACUCAGGACUGGGUGUCCUUGUGGAUGACAGCCUGAUGUCAUUCAAGAUGACGGUACUACUGCCCCAUGACCAAUUCUGCUUCUCGAAACUCCUCAUCGACAGCAUCCAGCUUGAGGAGGGUUUUAUGUAUUUGUUCGGCUCUUCACCUCUUACCUCUCCCGAGCACUCUCUCCCUCCCUCCUCCGCAUCCUCGCCUCUUUCUACCCCACCCACCUCACCAUUGUCAUCACCGCGAUUGCUCGCUUUUCCCAUCAUGACCAAUGACGACAACGUGCCACUGCAGUCUCUGCCAUCGCAGUCUAUGGCACCUGUCCAACUUGGCCCACCAAACCGACCCACGCAUGCAAAGCGCCAGGGCCACGCCGAUCGGACAGUACUUUACAGUGCCCCUCCCAUUCCUGCAGGAAUCCACAGGAAUCCACAGGAAUCCACAGGAUUCCACAGGAAUGGAACAGGAUUCCACAGGAAUGGGACCGGAAUCCACAGGAAUUCCACUGGAAUAGGACUGGACAGACUUAUCCUGAUAACUUAG